UGAACUGGGUUGCGUCAACUACAUUAUAUUAAUAGUGAGACAAGGACAACAAAUUCUAGGCACUAAAAGUCGACGGUCAGACAUGAACACCGUUUGAGGAGAAAGAAACUGGCCAGUCAAGGCGUCAGAUGUCAUUGAAUGCUAUGCAUACCCGCCCACACGCACUACGCAUGGCUCCUCAGACAGGGUUUGGCUUCAGGAAAUUUCAUGGCUCCCUCCAUUUUAUCUGUAUAAAUAGCCAUAGCCUGCAAUAGACACUGCAAGUGUAAUAUCAUAUCAAUAAGAAGAGAUUAAAAGACUUGUUUUCAAGAUGCUUGGAUCUUUUGCUGGGAACAUACAAAAGGGUCUCUCACUCUUCACAUCGAGAAGAUCAACACUCAGCUACUCGAGUGAAGAUCAACUAGAAGCAGCAACUAUAGUGCCAGAUGAUGUUAAGGAAGGUCAUUUUGUCGUUCUCGCUACCAUGGGUGAAGAGACAAGAAGGUUUAUUGUUGGAUUGGAAUACUUGACUGAUCCUGCAUUCAUGGGACUGCUAGAUCGGGCUGGGGAAGAGUAUGGUUUCAGCCAGAAGGGCGCUCUUGCUGUUCCUUGCCUUCCUCAAGAACUACAGAAGAUUCUAGACAGUGGGAAGGCUGAGUACUAAUCAUCUUCCCAUCAUAAAACAAGUUUCAAGCAAUAGUAAUUUGUAGUUUAAAGCCUUCUCCUGAAUCAUGAACGUUAUAUGUAGCUUAUUCAUUAUAUUCUUUAAUUCUGGAGCAACUUGUUUCAAAUGUUCCAACUUACUAGAGUUUGUAUCAAAGCCCUAGACAGACUCCCCAAGCAUUAACAUUAUUCGGCACGAUAUUAUGAGCUUAUGGAUAUUAUAU